AUGGCGGCACAAACAACGGUCUGGCCGACCGCUCAAACCACUACUAUCCAGAACUCUCGACUCAAGUUACUUGAUGGCCUCCGAGCUGGCAAGUACCCGCUGAUGACGUUCAUGGCCAUUCCUUCAGUCCGCCAGGCCCAGAUUGUCUCUCUCUGUGGAUUUGAUGGUGUCAUAAUUGAUUGUGAGCAUGGUCACAUUGGUGAUGAAGCCAUGCACAACUCCGUCUCGGCGAUCGCGGCCCUUGGAGUAUCGCCUAUCAUCCGUAUUCGCGGGCCUGCACACGACAUUAUUAAGAGGGCCCUGGACACUGGAGCCCACGGCAUAAUGGUCCCUCAAAUCAACAACGCCGAGGAGGCCAACCAGAUCGUGCAGUCCUCCAAGUUCCCACCGCAGGGCGUGCGCGGACAAGGCUCAGCCUUCCCCGCCAUUGGCCACGGCCUCACGACGCCGGAAUACAUGAAAUCGGCUAAUGAGACGAUCAUAACCAUGAUUCAGAUCGAGACGCGCGCUGGUGUCGAGAACGUCGAGGCUAUCUGCGCCGUUCCUGGCGUGGACCUUGUCUUCAUUGGCCCCAACGAUCUCGCCCAGUCCCUGCUUGGCUACACACCUGCACGCGGAGACGAGCCAGAGUUCGUCGCUGCCAUUGACAAGAUAGUGGCGGCGGCGCGGAAACACGGCAAGUGGGCUGGACGCAUGGUGAACAACGGUGCAGCGGCGAAGGAGGCACGGCAAAAGUAUGACACCGUCGCCAUGACAGGUGACACGAAGGCGAUACAGAACUGGUACACGGCCGAGCUUGAUGUUGCUCGGUCAUGA